UAUGAAAAACAAGGAGAACGUAAAAAAUCCAGGUCUUUCAGAUAAAAAACCAUCCAUGUACUUAUUUCCAAUAUUAAGAUUGAAGUUAGCGUGGACAUCCUCUUCAAAUGUAUUUGAAUUUGUACUGAGAGUUAUUGCCAUUGUAUUUUCCACUUUAGGAUGGCUGUGCUGUGUUGGUGGAAUCCCUUUAAUGUCUAUAGCAAUGUUAAUUAUAGGAAGUAUAUAUGUAAAAGAUUGCAAUAUCCAACCAAAUAUUCCUGUUUAUCUUAUUGUUUCCGGAGUAUUUGGAACGCUUCAACAUUUCAUUGCUGUCUGGACAAAGUACAUUCCUAAAGAUUCUCAAGGUGCCAUGAGAGUCUACAGAGCGUAUUGCAAAGUUAUAGAUUGCACACUUGAAAUUUUCUUGAUUAUAUGGUUUGUUCUAGGAUGCAUUUGGGUGUAUGGAGUUCCUGCAGAAAUUGAUUUUCACGAUACAUAUAAAGAUGAGUACUGCAACAAGACAGUUUAUUAUUUUGCAUUUUGGAUACUAAAUUUAUCAUUUAUUCUUUUGCUUUUACUUGUUGUGAUCACAUUAUUUGUUAUCUUGUGCGUUGUUAUUUUUCCUAAAGAUGAAAUGAAAUAAAUCAGUCUAUUUUGUAAUA